AUGAAGUUACCUGCAACCUUUUUACAGCUUAGUGCCAAGCUUCCAGCGAAUGUUGCCAAAGGUAAGUUGAAUCCGCUGUGUUGUUCAGGAGGUUCUUCACCCGUGAAUGCCAGCUCCGUUUUUCAAAAGCUUGUGGCCAUCGGACAAGCUCCAACGCAAUUGGCAGAUGUCCAUAUCUUGGUGAAACUGGCACCGGGGCCCCUUGUGCGACGGGGCGAACACGGUGCCGAGGUAGUUAUGUUGGCGUCCUCCCUCUUGAUGGCAGCACGUGGCUCAGUGCUCCAAGAGAAAAAAGACUUGCCAUGCCUUGGCAAAGAACCCAAUGGCACUCUGAGUUGUGAACAUCUCAACCUAUCUGACCUGCCGUUCCCCAUGGCUGAAGAGGAACCCACCAACGGCGCCGACGCUGCCCCAGCCGAAGAUGCCGCGGCCCUGGCGCUCGCGGCCAUGCCGGGCAUCCCGGGAAUGGAUCCGGCGGCCUAUGCGCAGUGGCUGCAGGCGGUGCAGGCCCAACAGGUUGCAGCACAACAGCUGUACUUGCAGCAGAUUGCAGCUGCAUCAGGUGGAGUGUUCGCGCUCCCCCAGGUGGCUGGUGCCAUCCCCGGCCUCGCCGGCGCCGCCGCCCUCCCUGGGCUGGGCGCCGCAGCUGCCAUCCCAGGUCUGGCGCGGCUGCCUGGGCUCGCGCCCAAGGCUGAGGGACCCGUCUACACCGGGCAGGUGGUCGAUUACAACGAGGACCGAGGAUUCGGCUUCAUCGAGUGCAAGGAAACACAGGAGCUAUACGGCGGAAAGGACAUCUUUUUGCUCCGAAGUGGCUUGAAUGGGCUCAUUGUCUCCACUGGCGACCGAGUGAACUUCCGCGUGGAGAGAGGAAUCAAAGGUCCCAAAGCCGUUGAGGUUGAAGUCUUAGAAAGAAUACAGGACAUGGCGGAGAGGUUGCCUCGCUACUGGGGCAUCGUCAAGAACUUUGACAACACCCGUGGUCUUGGCUUUAUCGAAUGUGAAGAGACCAAGGAAGUCUAUGACAAAGACAUUUUGGCCUUGAGAACUCAAUUGGGUGAUGCCGAAGAGGGGGCCGUUUGUUCCUUCAACAUCGUACAGGAUGCGCGUGGUGUGAAAGCAGCCAAUGUGAAGGUCCACCCCGAGGGCUUUCCUCCUGGAAUGGAGCCCCAGCCACGUCCCAAGGGAAAAGGCAAGGGCAAGUUCGGCAAGGAUGAUGGGAAGGGCUUCGGCAAGUUCGGCAAGGGCUUCAACAAAGGCAAGUUUGAGGAGUUCUACAGCAUGGCACAGAACAUGCUGCAGGAUUGGGGCUGGUAUAGUGGAGGUGGUGAUGGUUGGUGGGGCGAAGGCGGCUGGGAUGAUGGUUCAUGGUGGGAAGGCGAUGCCACCGGAAAGGGAAAGGGAGAGGGUGCCCGAUUCACUCCUUAUUAGCAAAUGUGAACCCUGAGCCUUGAGACGCAGCGAUGUGCGCAGAAAAA